CUUCGCCCCCAUCACGGGCGAGCAGCGCCGUUUGGCCGUUCCCACGGAGUUCAAGAGGGACUUUCUCCAUGCGGCGGUGCUCUGUGCUGCCGACGAGCUUGGCCAUGUGCACGGCAGCUGCCAUUUGAGCCCAUUCAAGGUGGUCUUGGUGUCCAUGUACAGAAAGGAUAAUCGUCCGGUCGCUUGUGUUUACUCCUCGGAGGCUGGUGUAUGGGGCAAUAUCAUCUUCACAUAUGCUCGAUGUGAGCUUGCUGAUGCUAAUCCCGGAGUUCUUGUUGGUAAUGUCCUUUACUGGUCGUCUAAGUCUAUUGAUGCCGGCCAACGUUUGCGGGAUUUGGAUAGGCGCACAAACGACAUAAUUGAGUUUGAUUUGGAUACACAUAGCCUAGCUGUGAUCAAGGGGCCUCAUUGUCUUAGUAACUCACUCAGACAUCAGAUCUUCAAGGCAGAGGAUGGUUCUGUUGGUCUCACCAUGUUGUUUUAUGGUAGAUUCACAAUGUGGCGGAGGAAGAUUGAUUGUCAUGGUGUUGCCACAUGGUUAAAGCACAAGAGCAUUCAAAUGCAUCCUAUUCUUGGGCUCUCUCAUCACCUUGUGAUAUCGCCGAGAUGGAUAGAUGUACUGGGGUAUGAUGAGGAUAAUGGUGUAAUAUUUUUACAUGUGGACGCCAGUGUCUACAUGGUUCAACUGAUGUCGAUGCAAUCCAAGAAACUUUAUCGAAGCUAUUGUCCCAAUAAUAGAUGUCACCCUUUCACAAGUUUCUAUGCACCAGCCAUUCCUGGUGUAUGCGAUGGAGCUGAAAUGUUGCACGAUACGUAGGAUGACUGUCUGGUUGCAUGUCAUAAUGUGCUGGAAUGGUUCAACAGGUGAAGUAAUUAAGGGCUGCUGCUGUUCUUCACAAGUUUGUCGUGUUGCAUCAAUCUGGUCGGCAGUGUAUAUAUAUGUUAUGUGGAAGAACUUACUGUGCUUGUGUCGUAGCCUUUUCCACUAAGUUUGUAAUGUAACAAGAUGCUUUUUAAUAUCUACUCGAAGGAAGUUCAAGACA